GUACUGUGGUGUGAUCCAGCGGCUCCAGCCAUCGUAAACAGCCACUACAGUGCGUCCAGAGUUCUUGAGCUAAACAAAACUAAUGUAAUUGGUGCGUCCUUUGGUUAAUGAAGUGGUGAACUCCUUCACACACUUAACAUGCGCAGGUCCAUAGGGGACCGACACUGUCCCGUCGUCGUCCUCUGCCUGCUCGUCGCCUGUUUAUUUGUCGUCAAACAAGUAGAAGGGGAAGCGGAGGGAGCUCCGGCGAGUCGCGCAGUAUUCACGGAGUAUUUCAGGCAACUUACCCGGCAAAGAAGCGCCCUAAAUCGGCCCGCGCGAAGCAGGGCCCAGCCGGAGGCUGUGGAGCUUCUGACCAAGAACGACGUGUUCAUCGCGGUGAAGACCACCAGCAAAUACCACAGGAGCAGACUGGAGCUACUUUUGGACACAUGGAUCUCCAACAAUAUGCAACAUACGUAUGUAUUCACCGACAGCGAGGACACAGCACUGAGGAAGCGGAUGGGCGUUCACCUGAUCACCACCAAUUGCUCGGCAGCUCACAGCCGACAAGCACUCUCUUGUAAAAUGGCGGCCGAGUACGACGCCUUCCUCAGUUCCAACAAAAAAUGGUUCUGUCACGUGGAUGACGACAACUACCUGAACAUCUUUGCACUUUUGAGACUGCUCUCUCAGUACAGCCACACGAGCGACGUCUAUAUUGGGCGGCCCAGUAUAGAGCGGCCCUUAGAGGUCAUAGAGACGCUCGCCAAUGCUAAAAUGAGGAAGGUUGUGUUCUGGUUCGCUACAGGUGGUGCUGGUUUCUGUCUGAGUCGUGGCCUAGCCAUCAAGAUGCGACCGUGGGCCAGUGAGGGUUCAUUCCUAUCGACAGCUGAACAAAUCCGUCUUCCGGACGACUGUGUGGUGGGCUACAUCGCAGGGGCGUUACUGGGCGUGGGCCUCACCCGCUCACCACUCUUCCAUUCUCACUUGGAGAGCCUAGCACUAUUGACGCGGCUUCAGGAACAGGUGACUCUCAGCUACAACAUACACGAGAGAAACACAGUCAACCUCAAAGGACCCUUUUCACGUCAACAAGAUCCAACAAGGUUCAAGGGUGUGCAUUGUAUUUUGUAUCCACACACAUCCUGGUGCCAGCAUUGAAUGCAGCCAGACGGAAAAGAAACAGUCUCAUGUUUUUGGCAAUCAAAAUGACGAAGAAUCUGGGUUAAAGACAAUAAGAACAUGGGGACAUGUCAAUGACAAGUCCCAUCUUUGGGAGUGAGCGUUUUUCUUUUUUUAAACUAUGCAUUCUUGCAAAGUUUGAAGCAACAAGCCACAUUAUGUCAUAUGGGUAUGUUAACUUGAUGAUUUGUUGUUUCAUCAAAAGUACAGUUUCUUUUCUUGUUUUCAAGAUGUGCUUGUUAUGUUGUAUUAUUUAUCUCCCAAAACCAGUUAUCUUUGGGUUACAGUUCAAACCUUUUGUCUUUACCUACAAAUAACCAAGAUAGCUCAUUUUUGCACUUUUUGGUUGAAUAAAAAAAAUAAUGCAUUGGUUUUGUAUAUCACUUUUUUGUAACUAAAGAUGCUUUACAUUGCAUUAUUCUUCCACUCUGCCCUGGGGCUGUCUGACAGAAGCGAGGCAGCCAAUUUACACCAUUGGCCCUUCUGACCACCAUCAACCACUCGUUCUAAAAACGACUCUCACACAGCCAAGUUGGGAGAAGUAUCUUGCCCAAGAAUACUGCAACAAUUGGUGCAAGUGGGAGGAAGUGGGAGUUGGAAUCUAACCCCCAAUGCUCCAGUCAGACCCGUUCUACCAACCACUCAACCACCGGUGCCACUAACGUCAUGUGGGUUGAGUUCUUUAAAUUUAGGAUUGGGGUCCAGAAACUACCAAGAAGAAUAAUUGUUUUGACAACCAAAAAAGGCUGUUUUUUUUCUUACGCACUAAGUGAAAAAUGGUGAUUUGCCUGCAAAUAAAACAUGGCAUGCAUAAAACUUUUUACUUUAUUUUUCAAUUUGGUUGAAAAACAGGUUACUAGCAAGGCCUGGGAAUCGAGCUGGUGUCCACACACCAGCUGUUCUGAUCUGAGGUAAAAAGCUUUCUUUCAUUGCGUUCAUUCCAUAAUUAGACAGCUGUCUUAUUUUUUUCAAAUCAGCUGCCGUCACCCGUCAUGAUGUUCAAAACUCUGCUUUGUCUUUUGAUGUCUGGCAAGCAGCACUGGAUGCUGCUGCUAGCACAUGUUGCCUUUGCUCAUCCUUUCAAUGGAAGCUUCCGCCAACAAAAUGAUUCUUUAGCGGAAACGUCAUUGUACAGAAAUGACAACAUCCCCAUAUUACUGGAAAUGUAACACAGUAACCUGGCCAAUUGUCUUACUUUGCACAUGCUCAUUUUUUGUGUAUUGCAGCUCAAGCUACGCUACAUUGUUACUUUUGAUUGUUACCUUAAUGUGAAAGAAAGCUGAACUCUACGGGUAUGUUCUCACUGUAGGCUGAAGUGACCUAAUUCAGAUUUUUUUGCCUUUAUUAUGUGUGUUAUUGCUGUUCUAUGCAUACAGUAUGUGACAAUAUUGCAAUCUGAACAUACCCUGCAUAUAGUAUUUACUAUUCAAAUGGCUUUAGAAAACAGGAGUUAAAUGGUGUUUUUUUUUUUUUUUUUUUUUUGUUUUUUUUUUGUUUUUUUUUUGUUUCAUUUAAGCUAAGCAAAAUGCCUUUAUGAUGUCAGCUAGCAAGUUAGCUCACAGCAAAAGAAAGCUAAUUUUUUGUUUCUCAUUGGUUUUGUGUUGAACAUUGGCUACUUGUGAAGAUUCUAUUCGGAGUGCACAUCAUAUGAUGUGUUUAUUUGUGUUACUGAAAUGAUGUAUUGAAUACAAAUAAUGCCUUUGAAGGAGUGUUCUUCAGACUCACAUUGGGUCGUUUUGUUUAAAUAAAAUUUUGUUGGAUUGCAUCCCUCUUUCAUCAAAUUAUGUGAUACAAUUAGCUCUCUGUCCAGUAUUUGGACAAUUUUACUGACGAGGCACAGAAAACAUUUUGCUGAAAUGUAUAUUUUACCUACACCUCGUGGCUGAAUUUGGUACUGCAACAAUCGCUUAUUUAUUUUUUUCUCAGUGGAACUAAACUUGAUUAGAAUUUAUUGCCUCGGGUCGAUGAUUAAUAUAAUAACAAUUAUUCAUUCAUUCAUUCAUUCAUUUUCCAUAAUUAAUGAAAUAUAAAUGUGGCAGUCGAAAUUCGAUGUUAAUUGCCACUUAUUAAUAGACUGAAUAUUAAAAAUACUGGUCCUUCUAAAAAAAUUGCAUAAUGAGAUAAAGUUC